GAAGAAGAAGAAGAGCUCUAAGGCUGUCUUGAAAUUGUUUUUCUGGGUGUGAAGAUCAGAACAAAUCUGUAGCUCUGAAACCCUAAGAACAAGAACAAGAACAAGAACAAGAAAAAGAAAGAGAGACUUUUAUUUAUUUAUUAUCUUGUUUUGGUUGGGAAAAACAAAAAAAAAAACAACAAAAAUCACUGUUUUCUGCCUCUACCUCACUAGGGUUUAAAUCUUUUUUGUUCUUGUUGGAUCCCAAGAACAGAGCCAGAGGCUUUGUUUUCAGGGGUAAGGAAAUGGGAAGAGGAAGAGUGGAGCUGAAGAGAAUAGAGAACAAGAUAAACAGGCAGGUAACAUUUGCUAAGAGAAGGAGUGGGCUGUUGAAGAAGGCUUAUGAGCUCUCUGUUCUUUGUGAUGCUGAAGUUGCUCUUAUCAUCUUCUCUAAUCGUGGCAAGCUCUAUGAGUUCUGUAGCACUUCCAACAUGCUCAAGACACUGGAAAGGUACCAGAAAUGCAGUUAUGGAGCUGUCGAGGUCGCCAAACCCGCCAAAGAGCUCGAGAGUAGCUAUAGAGAAUACUUGAAGCUGAAGGCUAGGUUUGAGUCUCUACAGAGAACUCAGAGAAAUCUUCUUGGUGAGGAGUUGGGUCCAUUGAACUCUAAAGAGCUUGAGCAGCUGGAGCGUCAGCUCGAGUCUUCUUUGAAGCAAGUUAGGUCUACUAAGACUCAGUACAUGCUGGACCAGCUAUCUGAUCUUCAGAACAAGGAACAGAUGCUGAUUGAAACCAACAGAUCUCUAACAUUAAAGCUAGAAGAAAUCAGUUCAAGAAACAACAUAAGACUAACAUGGGAAGAAGUAGACCAAGGCAUGUCAUAUGCUCCACAGAAUGCCCAAACUCAAGGCUUCUUUCAGCCACUGGAUUGCAACCCCACUCUGCAAAUUGGAUACAGUGCUGCAGUAUCAGAUCAAAUUACAGCCACCACUGCCCCAAAUCAUGCCCAACAAGUCAAUGCCUUUCUCCCUGGUUGGAUGCUUUGAAGGCCUCAAACUCUACCUCUCUUUUUUUAUUUAUUAUUAAUUGCAGUAUGGUACCAACACUUUGCAAAUUUGUUAAUAAGGACUUUUAUUUUAGACAUUAUAAGAAAAAAAAAAACCCCAACAUUUGGCUUGUGGA